ACAUAUAGAAACUGAAAUACCAUUGACAUUUUCUUUUUAUCAACAUUGACUGGAAGCGGUGAAGCCAAGAGAAGCGUUACGUUUUUGUUUCGUUUUGCCUGACAGUCUAAAGUCGGGGUAGAAUGACUUCCACUUGUGUCACAGCAUUUUGAUUCCUCCCGAAUGUCAACAACACAAUAAGCAGGAAUACGAAGAAAGGCUCAGCCAUAUGGGUGGAGCACUGCUGCAUACACAAGUACAACCGAGCCGGUGUCAAUCUCGUCGGUGUCAUUCGGCGGCAUAAGACAUGAACCGUCGCCGCUCAGCCGCCGCCUUUCUCCUCGCUGUAACCGCCGAGUGAGCCUCCGGGGUUGACUCGUUGGCUUCUAUGACGGGGCUGUCUCACUUGGUGCUCCGCUUCUCGGGCACCGCGGGGCGCAGCUACGGUGUGUUUUCCAAAGGCCUGACCAGGACUUUAUUGAUAUUCUUCGAUCUGGCCUGGCGACUGCGAAUCCGAUUCCCUUACAUCUACCUUGUCGCCUCGAUGAUGUUUAAUGUCAGACUUCAGGUCCACAUUGAGAUCCACUGACGUCGGCCUCCAUGACCACGGUCGGACCGAACGCCGAGCCUCCCGAUGAGGACGAGGACGCGCUCUCCGCCGGCCACGGUGACGAAGGCAGCUAACAACGUUUCCUCAUGCCCUCCCGCGGCGAGUCCAGUGCCUUUUUGGGGAGGACGGUCACAAUCAGAAUUUUUCCAGGAGGGGCCCACGCCCACAGGAAAAAAAAUCGAACAUCACCCACGCCGUUCGCUGAUCGCUAAAACAACAUCCGGGUCAGGGAGGCAAACGGUGAAUGGAUAACAUUGCACACAUUGAAUAGCGCAAGCACAUUCGCGCAAGACCGAAAGAAAAAAACGGCAUGAAAAUGAAAAAUUGAAAAAGCUCGAUUUUUUUUCAACCGGGGCGCAGGGAGUCCGAACCGGGGCGCCGCCCCGGCUCGCCCCGGCUUGGCUACGCCUCUGGUCACAAUGGCGUGCACGCAGACUAUUCAUGAGUGGAGACGAUGGGUCCCGUAUCAGACUCAGGAGCCGCUUCCGAUUUUUUUAUCCCCAUUUUGCUCUCUGGAUGGCAAACUAUGAUCAUCCACUAUCAGUAAAAUUUUGGGGAAAAAAGGAACUAAAGGAGUUAGUUAGCCAAGGUUAACCAAGCUGCCACUUGUGUGAGGGGGCCGCCAAUUUCCCAUAUGCUGUGACGGCCACAAAAAUCAAAUUCUGAACCUGUACGUGGACACGGAGCGCACAAGGAUGACUUCUUGUGCGUACGCUUGAAUUGAGGUUGUGUUGAAGUCCACCGGUUACCUCACCUCAGCUCCCCGAGUGGAAGCUUUGCAGACUUUAAUGCAAAUGUGUAUGUGCUCAUCCAGCCAUUAUGUUCACUUGUUAGUUCUGGGGAAAAAAAGAAGGUGGCCUUUACAAAGGAAAAGAGAAAAUGCUUUUCUCUUCUGUCUCUAUUGCUGUGAGUAUGUGUGAGGAUGAAAAUGAAUGAAUUUAUAAUAGCAAUAAAUUAACUGAGAUAAACCAUAA